UUGCGCCGUCUCCGUCGCAGUGACUCCCCUUUGCUUCCGCCUCCACAGCCCCCACUUUCCAACUUAGGGUUCUAGGGUUUCUCCAGCAGCGCCGGCGCCUCCACCCGCCCACCCAACCACCAUGACGGCCGAGACCGCGACGCAGGCGGAGCUGCUCCGCGCCGUUCUGGAAGAGCAGAAGCUCGCUGCGCAGGGAGACGAGCCCGUAGUUGAGGAUGAUGAUGAUGAGGAAGAUGAGGAUGAUGAUGACGAGGAUGACAAAGAUGAUGAUGUUGAGGGAGUUGAUGCAAGUGGAAGAUCUAAGCAGAGUAGGAGUGAGAAGAAGAGCAGGAAGGCCAUGCUGAAGCUUGGCAUGAAGACUAUCACUGGCGUGAGCCGUGUAACUGUCAAGAAGAGCAAGAAUAUCCUGUUUGUCAUCUCCAAGCCAGAUGUAUUCAAGAGCCCUGCCUCUGACACCUAUGUCAUUUUCGGUGAGGCUAAGAUUGAGGAUCUGAGCUCACAGCUGCAGUCCCAGGCUGCCGAGCAAUUCAAAGCGCCUGAUCUUAGCAGCGUCAUCUCAAACCCUGAGGCUUCUACAGCUGUUCAGGAGGAUGACGAGGAUUGUGAUGAGACUGGAGUUGAGCCUAAGGACAUUGAACUGGUGAUGACCCAGGCCGGUGUGCCUAGGCCCAAGGCUGUGAAGGCGCUCAAAUCUGCUGACGGUGACAUAGUCAGUGCUAUCAUGGAACUGACGAACUAGCCGGGCCCAGCCUGUGAUAUUCUGUCAGUUUUUCCUUGUUUACAUGGGAAUACAUGAGUUGUAACGUUUGGUGGUCAUGUGUGUGAACUUUGAGCUGCUCUGUAUUAGCAAAGACCUGAGGCAAUGUCGAAUGAGCUUCUUUUUCAUGCAUUGGAACAAAUCCUGGGUUGGUUUCUUAGUGGGUCUGUGUUUUCUUGCAAAUCUGGGUUCAAUGAAAUUCCAACAUCUCGCCAUUGCUAUA